AUUAGCUUCCUUGUUUGCAGAGCGCGUGCAUGGACGUGAAGAGAGCUGCGCGGGAUUUUGUGUAAAAAUUAACGAGCACAUGUUUCGAGACUCGUGUUAAUCAUCUGUGUAUCUACACACACCUGCUGCCUGCAGUUUUGCAGAAAUUCCAAAAUGAGGUGUCCUCGGUGCAGUCAUGUGUCUUUAGACAAGUCUCCAAAAUUCUGCAGUGAGUGUGGCCUUAACUUGUUAUCUCAGGCUUUUGAGGAAACACCAGACAAACCACAAGAUGAGUCACAUUGGACAGAUGCAGAAAUGACCAAUCUCGGGCCUGAAUCUUUGGAUGAACAGAAUGCCAAUACAGCACCAAAACGAAAAAAUGAAGACGACAACCUGAACCCAAAGAAAAGGAAAAGAUAUAAAACGAAGAAAAAAAUAGCUGUUAAUGAGGAGCCGUCAUCUUUGUCCUCUGAUACCUCUGAAAUAUCUUGGACUGUACACAAGAGGAAAAUGGAGGAAGAUCUGUCUUCUGACAGCGACACCUGCCUCAAAGAUGAAAACAUCAACCCUGAACCAGAUGCCCAUUUCAACCCAUCUGGAUUGACAGAAACAGCUCAAUUACAGUCUACCAAAGAGCUGGUCAGCACUAGUAAAGCUUCUCCACCAGAUUCAUCGGAAGAAGCUCUGAAGACUGAAAACAAACCAACAAAAUCUAAGAAGAAGAAGAAUCAGUCCACAGAAGCAACUCUGGAUCAGAAUGCAAAUAUUGACCAGAAUUCAGAAAUAAAGAUCAGUUUAUGCAAACAAAGGGAAACGGCAGGUCAGGUUGAGAAGUUACAGAAACCUUCCACAGAACAGAAAAUGGUGUUUGGCCCACAGAGUAUACCUGAGAGGUACCAGAGGUUCAUUGUAGAUUCCCCACAGAAUCCUGAGCCCAUCCUGAAACUGCAGAUAUUGGAUGAGAGGAAUGAUUCUGUUGCUGACCAGGAAACUUCACUUCUGAAAACAAAUCCGGCAUUAAUUUAUCAUAUAAGGGACAGACUUGCGAUUUACUUUCAUGCAGUUCUGUCAAAAGAUUUCAAGUUUGACCCAGAACAGGAUCGUAUCUUCCUGAGGGCUGGUGAUCACAUUGGGGACUGGGAAAGCAACUUGGUUGAGCUCUCUGUGUCACGAAAUCUUGGCGAGCAUGGAUUUCUCGUUGAAGGAAAAUUUGUAUGCAAAAGGGCCGAGGCAGAAUCGAUGUCCAUACCAUACAAGUAUGUUGUGCAUAAAGGCAAAAAGGAAAAGUAUGAAUAUGAAUACAUCUACAAACUGGAUUCCAGUGAAACCACCAACAGAUGUCUUUUUGUCAAACCACAUCUUCUGAAUGAUGAAGGAGAGUGGCAUCAGUAUGAUGAUAUCAUCUGCGCAGAACCAUCUAAAAGUAUACUGAGACGACUUAAAGAUUUGUGGUCUGAGCAGCGUGUAGAUGUGAUCCAGGGAAGAGAAAUUGCUGGCACAAUCAUGCUGGAAACAAUCUUUGACAUCUUAAGAUGCUGGAGCAAAGUAAACCUCAAGAACUUCUUAUGUCAACUCCGACAGUUUUUUGAAGUCUACGCAAACCCUUUCGUAUUUGAAAAGGAAGAGAUAAAGUGGAUCUCCCUAAAUUACAGUGAAAGAAAUGUGAGCAACAUCCUGAAGCAAUUCAUGCUUCAACAUGUGACUCCAGAGCUACAGAAAGAGUGUAAAGAUAAAAGUGCCUUCAUCACAGAUCCACUGAAGGCCGCUCUCAUCAUGCUUUAUGUGUGGAAACAGUAUAAACUUGAUUUAGAUAAAGGGACUCUCUCUCGUCUCUGCUCAUCCCUCUGUCUGCCAAAUUUGCCUAAGGAUGAAUUCCUGUCUUACUGGACUGACAUAACAGACUCAUUCUCACAAAUUACAUGCUUACCUGAGAUCGUGGUGGCACUGAUCAGAACAGUGAGAGGCGACAACAUGCCCAGAUGGAUCAUUGUAAUUCCACUGCUGCAUCUUCUCAAAGGCGCUUCAAAACCAUUUGAGCCAGUGUUGAAUACAGUAAGCACAAAUUAUGAGCAAAGCUGGGCUGGCCUGCAAGGACUUAAACCAGCUAAUGAACCGUCCCUCACGUCUCAAGAUCGAAGUGCCCUGUUGAAUCUCAUGAAAUCGCAUAUAUAUUUGGUGGAGGUGGACAGACUUCUGGCUCGGUCAUGGAUGUACUUGAUGACCAUAGAUGAGCUGGUGGAGUGCAGCUCCAUCAUCAGUGCAGAGCUCUUGGACAUCCUGCAGGUUUUUACCAUGAAAUGUCCCACUGACAUCUCAAUCACAAGUUUCAAAGCUGUUUUUGAAAAUCUGGCACACAUUCAAAGUCAGUUGCUCGAGCAGAAAUACAGUUGUCCCAGUGAAGACUAUGGCAUGCGGUGUCUGCAAGCAGCUUGUAAACUGCUAGAGAAGAUCUGCAAAGGAAUCCAGGAUUACAUCUACACAGAUAAUGUCACUGAUAUUCCUGUUGCUUGCAUGAGCCUAGUGGCAUCUAUCUCAGAAUUUGCUCAGACAAUCCAAGCACAACAAGCAGGCACUUUUCCUGAAAAUAUAUUUGAAUUACUCAACAAGGCCAAAGAAACUGUCAGGGCUUGGAUCCAAAAAUCUUUCAGGAGAAAUCUUUUAAGUAGAAGUUUAAAGUCAGGAUUUGACAUUGGUUUCACAGCAGAGAUUGAGAUUUGGAACAGCAUUUUAGCCAUAGAUUUUAUGAGCAAGGACUUCACUACAGAAUGGAGAGAGACCUUUACAAGAGACUUUGAAGGGAAAUUUCAGAAGGAAGAUCAUAUUGAUCAAAUCGAGGUUUACUGCUCAAAGAUUGAAGAACUAAAUGACUCCACAUCCCAUUUAGUGAGCAGUGUUGAGAAGUGUGCUCUCCAAGCUGUUACCAUAAUAUGCCAGGCUAAAUCUGAAGGGAAACUACUUGACAGACUCAGUAAUUUCCGGGUAAACUGGAAAUUUGGAAAGCUUGUGUCUACGAUCAUCCUAAAGUCCUGGCCAAAAGAUGCCAAAGGAGUCUAUGUGGAGGAAGAAGAAGCUGUUCUCCAGCAUCUCCUGAACUGGACAGCAGCCAAAAAUAUCUUUCAGCUUCAUGGUGCGAAUGAACAACUGAUCAAUCAGCUCUCUGAAGAGGCUAAGGAGAAGUUUGCAAUAGCAACCUCAUUGUUUACAGACAUUUUAAAUCGACUUGUCAUAGGGAAAAUCAAGAUCAAACUUCUCAAUCACAUCAUGGACAACAAGAGUGUUUUCUUAGAGCUACUUGCUUUAGACUGUUUUUCUGAAAAUAUUCAAUUCACGGAUACCAAAACUAUGAAGAGGCUUCUUGAGUUUAGACAAGAGGAGGUGGAGGCCCUUCACCAUGAGAGAAAUUUGGUGGAUGUUCUCAUUACAAUGUGCAACAGCUUACAGGAGCAUGUUAUAGUUGAUGUUAAAGGGUUGGAAGUCAAACAACAUAUUGACAUAGAUGAAAUGGAUCUGGACAGCUUCAUGGAUGUUCACAUAUUGAAUCAAAAUCCCUCAGAGAAGUCUGGAGUAGUCACAUACUUUGAGCUUGAUGAAGGUGUGCGAAAUAUGGCAACGGUUCUACACACCUAUAAAGACAGCUACAUUUUUAAAAUGUGUUGGGUGAAAGAGGCUGAAGAGUUUGCAAAGACUGUUGAAGAAGAUGAUGAUGAGGAGGAACCAGCAGAAAACACAUUGUUAAUGACAGUACCAAAGAUUCAUGGUUCCAUAUUUGGGAAAUGUUACAAUAAAUACAAAGCCAUAUAUGCAAAACUCAAAGACGGUAGCAUGACUUUUGAAGAAGUUGAUGUGUUAUUCAAAGCAUACAUGGGAAAAUAUGAAGAUCUGGCAGUGGAUGUCAAAAACAUGUGCAGUGUUGAUCCCUGUGAUGACCAGCAGUGGAUACAGAGGCGAAUCCAUCAGAUUGAGCAGUUUCAUGAGGUUUAUCUGGCAGUAGAGUUAGCUCAGGUGGUCAUGAGAGUCAAACAGACACUCUGCCUACAAGGAGACUUCAAAGUCCUAGAGAAGUUGCUUGUUACUACGCACUUGGAUUUUAAAAAGGAGCAUCUUGAUCGCAUGGACAAUGAGCUGAUACAGGCUAAAACUAUGCUUGUGGAUAUCACAGACUCGCGUAGAGUUUGCCUUCAGGAGCUCGACCUAAGAAAACAUUUCGUCAUGUGGGUUAAAGAGGCCCUUGAAGACAUCAACGAGUUGAAAGUCUUUGUGGAUUUGGCGUCCAUCUCUGCGGGAGAGAAUGAUUUGGAUGUGGAUCGCGUGGCCUGUUUUCACGAUGCUGUUCUUGGCUACUCCUCAAUGCUUUAUGAUUUAAAGCCAGAUGCCGACUUUACGCAUUUUCAAAAAAUGCUGGAGAAACUCUGGAACGCACUUGAUAAUGACCCCAACCUUCCCAAAAAAUUGCGAGACUCUGCGAGACACAUAGAAUGGUUGAAGACGGUCAAGGACAGCCAUGGUUCAGUAGAACUGUCCUCUCUGUCUUUGGCAUCAGCUAUUAACACAGAUGGGGUCUACAUUAUCAGUGCACAAAACCAAAAGCUAUGCUUGGAAAAUAUUCUGAAGUUACAGAUAAUAGAAAAGCAUGAUGAGGGCUGUGAGACACGCACUUACUCUCUUGAAGACCUCAGGGACCUUCAAAAUAAAUUGAUGCUAAUGUCUGGCAAAGGUGAUCAAGGCCAGUGUGAAGUUGAUCGAUUUGCAGAGGUUUUUGCCAGUGUGCAGAGGUUGGCAUCUGCAUUUAUUGAUUUGUUUUCUGCUGGAAAUCCAUUGUUCAGACACUGGGAGGCAAACGUCAGCUGUAAUAGUAAAGAAGGCUGCAUCACUAUUAACUUCAAGUUGGAAAGUGUUGUCAGCGAUAUUACAAUGAAAGGCGAUAUCACUCAACUGUUGCCUGAAGUCUGUCAGAAAAUGGAGAAAUGUUUAUGUUUCUGGAAGGAUUUUAUGGACAAGCUGAGAUCUCGGUUUUACUACUUAAAUUAUUUCACUGCAGAACAGGUAGUCUACCUGUGCAGUCAGCUCACCCCAAAAAAUGUGAAUAAUCUGGAAGAUCAAGUUCUUAUGAUGCUGUCUUUCAUUCAGCCAAAUUGCUCCCCUUCAGAUCUUCGGGAAGCUUGGCACAGGCUUCAAUAUGAUAUCAUAAAGAAGAGUCAUGAACACAAUGAAGAUUUAGACUUUCAGACCUUUGUGGAAGUCCCCAGUAUAGUUGAGAGUGACAUGUCACUUGAUGUCUUUGAAAAUCAGCUGGGGGAAGCGAAUGGGUCAGAAAAGUUGGAUGUGCUUUGGAAUGCUUACAUGCGAAACAUGAAAUGUUUCUUGCCAGACUCUCUUGAUGUCAAAACUCUUGGACAUCUUCUUGAAAUUUUGGCCAACAUCCCCAGCAAAUGUGAAGGUGAUUCCUCGCAGGAUGAGAAAACAAGGCACAUUCAGAGAGAACUACCAAGUGGACUGGCUAUUGGAAGACCAAAUCUCAUCAUCUGCCCUUCUGAAGAAAUGUUGACCUCUUGCAUUUCAAUUUAUAUGACCAGCAAAUGUGAGCCUUUGCCAACCUAUGACGAAGUACUUCUCUGUAACGCAUCCACUCCAUAUGAAGAAGUGGAACUUUUCCUCAGGAGAUGUCUCACUGUUGGCUAUAAUGGAAAGAAGAUAUACACAAUGCUGUAUGUAGACCAACUUACCUACGAAGUAAGCUACAAAGUCGAGCAAUUUUUUCAGCGUCAAAAGGUGUUAAGCAGAUAUGAUUACAGACUGGUGUUGAUCUGCAGCUCUAAUAGAGAACAUGCGUACCUUCCCUCAGCAUUUAGCCAGUUCAGGUUGCACUUGGUUCCUCAAGAACCAAUUAAGAGUAUUCAGCAAUACCUUUUCAGGCAUUUUACAGUCCCGGAUGAUGUACCCAGUGCUGCUGAAGUGUUCAAAAACAGGCAGUUUGUGGGAGUUGUGUCCUCUGAAAGAUCUGGAGUAGGCAAAUCACUUUACAUUAGACGAAUGUAUGAGAAAUUGAAGACGAUCACGGAGAAGACUUCACAACUGAAGUGUAUCCGGUUGAUUGAGCCAAGAAUUGAUGAAAAUAUCAUUGUUCGGUCUUUACUCAAUACCUACAAGGAAAAGGAACUUUCAGUCUACCAUUUUGACAUCACCACCAUGGUGAAAAAGGGACUCCAUGAAUUUUUAUUCAAACUGUUAAUCCUUGGAUUCCUCAUGGACACAGAAGGAAAUAUGUGGAAAAGCAACAAAAAGCACUUGUAUGUCAUUGAGGUCCUGAGACCUGAUGAUAGCACAUCUCGAAAUGCCCCAAAAGCUCCGGAAGCAAAAACCUGCUCUUCUUUCCUGGAUGUGUUUCCAAGUGUCUACUGUCAUCCCCCCAAAGAGGUCCUGAACUUUGAAGUGAGAUUACAAGAGGAUCCAUCAUCAAGAAAGUGUGACGAUCCCCUCAUGGAUGACCAGGAGUUUCGAAGUGAGGCCUACCAACGGCCUUACCAGUACCUGAAACGUUUUAACAAUGGUGUCAAUUUGGAUGGCUUCGUGUACAAAGGAAUUGAGGGCUCUCCUUUGGAAUGCCUACAGAUGAUGUUUAUGUAUUGUGGGAUCAUAAACCCGUCUUGGGCAGAGUUGAGGAAUUUUGCCUGGUUCCUGAAUGUACAACUGCAGGAUUGCGAGAGAUCUGUUUUCUGUGAUGUUUCUUUAGUAGGGGACACAUUAGCAGGAUUCAAACAUUUUGUGGUUGAUUUUAUGAUUCUCAUGGCUAAAGAUUUUGCUACUCCUUCCCUUAGUAUCUCUGACCAGAGUCCAGGGGGACUGUACCACAACCUUUCUGGUGCCAGUGAAGAGGAUUUGGCUCACUUUAGGAUAAGAAAACGAUGGGAAUCAGAACCACAUCCAUAUAUUUUCUUUAAUGCUGACCAUGAGUCAAUGACAUUUAUUGGCUUUCAUCUACAGCAAAAUGCAGAGAAUAGAGUUGAUGCCAUUGAUCCAUCAACAAACACUGUAAUCAAAAGGAACAUCAUGACCAAAGAGCUGUAUGAGGGUCUUAAACUACAGGGAGUUCCCUUCAAUAUCGGUUUUGACCAGCUCCCAAGAUGGAAAAAGAUUGAGAGACUUUGCAGAGUUUUGGGUAUACAGUGGCCUCUGGACCCAGAUGAAACGUAUGAGCUCACUACAGACAACAUUUUGAAAAUGUUGGCAAUUCACAUGCGUUUUCGCUGUGGCAUUCCAGUUAUAAUCAUGGGUGAAACAGGCUGUGGGAAAACAAGGUUAAUCAAAUUUCUUUGUGAAAUACACAGAAAUGGAGUUGCAAUUGAUAACAUGAAACUGGUCAAAGUUCACGGAGGUACAACUUCAGACAUGAUUUACACCAAAGUGAGCGAGGCAGAGGAAAUGGCUCUUAGGAAUAAGAUGGAUUUUGGUUUUGACUCUGUGUUGUUUUUUGAUGAAGCCAACACAACAGAGGCCAUUAGCAGCAUUAAGGAAAUUCUCUGUGACAACACUGCUGGGGGAGAACAUUUGGCACAUGAGUCUGGCCUACAAAUCAUUGCUGCGUGUAACCCAUACAGGAAACACACAGAUGUUAUGAUCAAGAGAUUAGAGUCAGCUGGUUUGGGAUACAGAGUCCGUGCUGAAGAAACCGAUGAAAAACUUGGAUCCGUUCCUCUCCGUCAGCUUGUAUACAGAGUGCAGGCUUUACCUCCAAGCAUGAUUCCACUAGUUUGGGACUUCGGACAGCUUAAUGACCACACUGAGAAAAUGUACAUCAAGCAAAUUGUCGAAAGGAUAGUAGAAACUCAUUCCAUUAAUGCACAAUAUAUCGCAACCAUAACGGAUGUUCUGUCAGCUUCACAGAUGUACAUGCGAUCAACAGAGAAUGAAUGUAGCUUUGUGAGUCUAAGGGAUGUAGAGCGCUGCAUGCAAGUUUUUGAAUGGUUCUACAAAAACAGCCAGAUGUUAAUCUCUGAACUUGAUCAGUUUGAGAACAUUACAAGGGCACAGAUAAAUGAGCAAAGAACCCCUGUUAUAUGGGCAUUACUUAUGGCUGUUGGUGUGUGUUACCAUGCCUGCUUGGAAGAAAAAGAGAAAUACAGAAGACACAUUUGCAAGCACCUUCCAGAGUCCUACAGCCAAAUGAAAGUGAUGCAGGAGAUCACCGUUGUUCAGGAUCUGUUUCUGAGUGGAAUUCCAUUGGGUGAGACCAUUGCUCGAAACAGUGCUUUAAAGGAAAAUGUCUUCAUGAUGGUGAUUUGCAUUGAACUACGAAUACCUUUGUUUUUAGUUGGAAAACCUGGAAGCUCCAAAUCCCUGUCAAAAACUCUGGUCGCAGAUGGUAUGCAAGGCCAGGCAGCCCAUUCGGAUUUGUUUAGAAAACUGAAGCAGAUUCAUCUUGUGUCAUUUCAGUGCAGUCCUCAUUCUACACCAGAGGGUAUCAUUAAUACAUUCAAGCAGUGUUCCCGUUUUCAGGAAGGCAAGAAUCUAACAGAGUAUGUCUCAGUGGUAGUGCUAGAUGAGAUAGGCUUGGCUGAAGAUUCACCAAAAAUGCCCCUGAAAACUUUACAUCCUUUGCUGGAAGAGGGGUGCAUUGAUGAUCAGCCAGUACCCCACAAAAAGGUGGGAUUCGUAGGUAUCUCUAAUUGGGCUUUGGACCCAGCCAAGAUGAAUAGAGGGAUAUUUGUUUCCCGUGGGGAUCCUGAUGAGAAGGAGCUAAUUGAAAGUGCCAAAGGAAUAUGUUCCUCAGAUACCAUGAUUCUUGAAAGGGUGAGAGAUUGCUUCCAGCCAUUUGCCCGUGCUUACCUCAGAAUCUGUAAGAAAGGGGGAAAAGGUUUCUUUGGCCUUCGAGACUUUUACAGCUUGAUAAAGAUGAUUUUUGCUGUUGCCAAAGCCUCUGAUCAGAAGCCUAGUCCAGAGCAGAUUAUAAAGGCUGUGCUCAGGAACUUCAGUGGAAAGGAUAAUGUGGAUGCUGUUUCAGUGUUCACCCAAAGACUAAAUUGUAAGCCUAAGCUUGAGAGCAUCAGUGCUAUUGAUCUUGUAGGAGAGAACAUCACAGCCAUUGGCCAAGAAGAGGAAUGUAGAUACCUGCUGGUUCUGACCAAAAACUAUGCAGCCCUUCGGAUUCUUCAGCAAACAUUUUUUUCAGAGCAGUGCCAACCAGAAAUCCUCUUUGGAUCAAGCUUUCCAAAAGAUCAGGAGUAUACUCAGAUUUGCCGUAACAUUAACCGUGUCAAGAUUUGCAUGGAAACUGGUCAAACCAUUGUACUCCUGAAUCUGCAGAAUUUGUACGAAAGUUUGUACGAUGCUCUCAACCAAUAUUAUGUUUGUCUUGGAGGUCAGAAAUAUGUGGAUUUGGGACUUGGUACUCACAGAGUCAAAUGUAGAAAACACAAAGAUUUUAGGCUCAUUGUCAUUGAGGAGAAGGAGGUCGUCUACAAGCAGUUUCCUGUUCCUUUGAUCAACAGGUUGGAGAAACAUUAUCUUGACAUCAAUACUGUGCUGAAGAAAGAGCAGAAAGAGCUUGUCAAAGAGCUUGAACAAUGGGUGAAGAUGUUCGCUGCUGCGAAACCCAGGCAUUCAGUUGCUCCCAGAUUGCGAUUUUGCUCUCCAGCUGAUGUUUUUAUCGGUUACCACUCAGACACUUGUGCCUCUGUUGUCCUGCAAGUUACAGAACAGUUCAAAGGGCAGAUGGAGCUUUCAGAUCCUCGAUCGCUCUUCGAAGAGGCUAAAUUAGUACUUUUGAAUUGUGCUUCACCAGAUGCUGUGGUCCGACUAGACUGCACUGACCUCUCCAAUGUCGAAAGUGAACAUUUGUCAAGGGUGUACUUUGAAGACCAGAAGCACAGUUCUCUGGCUGACUUCAUCCUCCCUUGUUCACAACAAGCAGAGAAUAGCAAUGUCUGUUUCACAGAGGUGACUACAUUUUCAAGACUUCUGACAGCAGCAGAAAUUGAGGAGCUAUGGGACAGAGUUCAAAACAUAGAGCUCAUCUGGAUACAACAGUUUGAAACUGAACAUUCAUUCCUAAAGAAAAUCAGGAACUUUUUGGAAAGCACCACUGGGGACAAGACACUUAUCAUUCAAACUGAUUUUGAUGAAGGUUUACAGAGUUUGAAUGUCAUUGCAUCUGCCAAAUAUUCUUCUAUCAAUGAAAUCAACAAAUUCAAAAAGGAGUGCAAUGCAAAGAUUUGUGUGUACUUCAUCACUAAACUUCCAAGAGUGGAUGGUGGAACUUCCUAUGUUGGAUUUCAUGGUGGUCCAUGGAAAUCAGUCCACAUCGAUGACCUUAGGAAAUCAGAAGAAAUUGUCUCUGAUAUAAAAGCAUUGCAAUAUCUGACCAUCAGCCAGCUGUUUGAAGAGAAAGCAGAUGAAUCUGAAGCUAUGGAAGUUGAAGACAUGUGCACAGAGUAUGAAGAACAGAAGAUGGAGAUCAAUACUGUGGAGGAAAAUACUGUCUGGGGAAAGGUUUUGGACACCACAGCUCUUGUGCGUAGCUGUGUUCAAAGCGCAGUUGGUAUGCUAAGAGACCAAAAAGAGGCAGGCAUCCGUAGCACCAGGAGAGUAGAGAUUCUGCUAACGCUCAUGACUGAUAACGCUGAAUUUCUGAAAACCGUAAAGAAAAGACUUCAUUUGCUACUGCGGAGACAUGAUGAAAACACAAUCUCGGCCAAUAGCUGGGUCUCAAAGGAAGCACUGAAUAUUGAUGCCUUGCACGAAGGUGGAACUUUUAGACAUGCUCUUUGGAAGCGAGUUCAAGUGGUAGUCGCACCUUUUUUGGCACAACUACUUUCCAUUAUCGAUCGAGACUGCAAUCUCGACCUCUUGCUGGAUAGAAACUCUGGAGAGUCAUUAAAGAAACUGUGGUUGGACAUUUUUGAAGAUGUCAAGUUAUUGGAUAUUCCUUACACAAAAGUGGAUAACAACAUGGAGACAAAGACAAUCUUGGUCCAGAAUGACUUUUCGGUUGGCAGGAGCAUGGGUUGCACCAUGCCUUUCAGCUGGAGAAUUAAAGACUGCCUAGAAGAGCUAUGGGUACACGCUUCACUGCGAGAAGGACACACGUUGAAACAAUUUGAAGAGUUUUUUUGGAAGACCCCCUUGGGCAGGUACAUUGCUAAAGCAACCCAAGACAUGCAGAUGGAGUUUUUCCACAGAUAUCUCCAGGAUUUCAUCUCCAUGACCAUGAAUGGAACAUCAGAUGAGCUUUUACGUGGAGCUCUUACUUGCAGUGUGAAUGAACUUCGAGCCGGUCAGGAAACGAAUGAGACUGGAGUUAUUUCUCUGCAUUGGGUUCAUGCUGCUUAUCACCAUUUUAAGAGUCGCAUUCAGAACCUCUACAGAAUGAUCACUAUAGAGCCUCAGAUUGCUCACAUACUCCUGGAUAAAAGAGAUACCAGAGAGGGCAUUGAACUGGUGUUGGAUUUAUAUGCUGCUCUAGCUUGUAUUGAAUAUUUGGAGCCCCAGACUCUAGAUGAAGAUGCUCAAAGUCUUGUCUGGCUAAGACGCGUCAAGAAACUACAGGUGCCAGUUGAGUUGGUCUGCUCUGAAGAGAACCAGCGACACUAUAGAGAGAGGAGCCAACAAAUGGUGGCCCACAUCCAGCAUGGUUGGCGUCGCAUUUACACUCUCUGCCUUUUUGUGGAGCACAUGCUGCUGGGUGUCGGUGAAGUGAAACUGAGGCAACUUGUUCUGCAACACAUUCGACGUCUAGCACAAGUGCUAGAGCAGAACUCAGACCUGAAAAUGAAGCAGCCAUUUGAGGCAGUGAUCACCAUACUCAAAGCGUGCAGAGAUGAUGCAUCUCAGAGCGUUUUUAGGUUUGGCAUUCAGAAGUGUCCAGUGUGCAUGGAAGACCCCCUGGAUGCUUUGAGUUUGCCCUGUGAUCACAUCUUCUGCCUGGCCUGUAUCAAACAGUGGCUGGGGACUGGUCAGAUGCACUGCCCGUUGUGUAUGCAGGAAGUGCCUAAUGACAUGGAGCUCAAGGCCUCCGAAACAAUACAGGGUCUCAUCAAUCAAAAUGCCAUGUUCAGAAAGCGUUGCAAUGCUUUCUUCAUUGAUCUGGUGUCCACCAUGUGCUUCAAGGACAACGUUCCACCCAGUAAAGACAUCAUCCUCAACCUGCUGUCACUUCUCAUGGUAGAGGUCUGCUCACUUCCUAACAUCAGAGGACAAGACCGGCGGUUCUUGACUAAGGCGCUUUCUCCAUUUAAUGACUCUGUGGAUAAAAAUCCAGUGGUGCGUUCUGUGGUGCUGAAACUCCUGCUGAAGUACAGCUUUGAUGAUGUGAAGCAAUAUCUCCAGCAGCAUCUGACAGAGGUUGAGCAAAGCAACAUCAUAGAAGAGUCUGAUAAAGCCGAGCUUUAUUCCUUGUACAUAAACUGCUUAGAGGACUCAAUGUAUGAGCGGACGCAGUGGCACUCUGUAGGCGAGCAGCAGAUGAUUCUUCAGGAGGAAACGCGCUUUCUGCAGGAUUUCCUUCACUCUGACUUUGUGUCCUCGCAAUUUGUGUCUAUAGAGCAUUUGCAGUGUAUAGCUCGGGUCCGACUCUGCCUAGACAUAACUGCUGACUUGGUCAACAGACAGACUACUGAUGGUGUAGAUGAGGAGCUGUCAGAUGGAAACACAGCAUUUAUAAACAGUGUUGUGGAUCUGUGCUGUCGCAGUGGGAAUGAUUGGUUCAGGGUUUACCUCAUAAGAAAGAUCUGCAGUCUUUAUGGAGUUGAGUUUGCGCAGAAACUUCUGCAACUGGAACGGUUCAGUUGGUUGUUUCCUCAGGAAAUUCUUCAGUCGAAGCAAUUCAGCAGCCAGAUUGACCACUAUCUAGUGUGUGGACCAAACUACAAAAGUAUUAGAGAUGCAGUUGCCAAAGCUAUGCUGGAUGGCAACAUGGAGAAAUUACAGGAAACCAUUAAGGAUUGCAACUGCACGCCCAUGAAAAAGACUGUUUAUCUGCUGAUGGCUUUGUUCAGAGAGGUCACCUCCCUUUACAGAAUGGACAAUCCCAGCAUGCAUCCCAACCCUGUGCAAUGUGCCACUUUUGAAAAGUUCAUCGGGCGUUCAGAUGUCCUUGUCAAUAAUAAAGUGAGAGCUUUCGCUCGGGCGCUGGUGAGGAAUCGGUUCCGUGCUCUUAAUGUACGAGCACAAGCAUCAGGCAGAGAUCACAGGCUGGUGGAGGUCGCAGUUCACAUGGCUGCAGUGUUGCUAUGUGGAAAUCUGCCUGUACUGCAGCCAUUGCAGGAGCUGGCCUUCUCGCCACGCAAUAUGACGAAUUCGUUCAUACCCACCAUGCCUGAUGAUAUGUUGGUUGUUGCCCAGAAAGCCUUGGGAACUCUUCAGUGGUACUUUUGUACUAAUGGUCAUCCGUGCACAGUUGGUGAGUGUGGUCGUCCUAUGCAGUUGGGUCACUGUCCAGACUGUAAUGCAGAAAUAGGGGGCAUAAACCACAACCCUCUUCCAGGCUUCAAAACCAUGCCAAUACAAAGGGACCGCACUAAGUCAGGACACAUUUUGGGUGAUCCGCAGCGCCGUGACCACCCUGACAUGCAGGACACUAAGAAUAUGUCACCAGCUCCCUUUACUCUUCUCAGACUGCUUACACACACGUCUAUGAUGCUGGGAGCUGAAAACAACCCGCAGAGCAUCACUCAGAUGAUCAAACCAGCUGUAGCAGAUCCUGGGCUGUUCCUGAUGUCUCAUCUUUUAAAGGAUAUGGAGCAGUUAAGCAGAGCUCUGGGAAAAGGAGUGGAUGACACUGCAAACAGCAUCCAUCUCAUCAUCCACAGUCUGCUGGAGCCUCAUCCCACCCAACAGCGCCCUGUUACACAUGAUCCAGCCCUUUCGACUAAAGAUGCGAGAAAUUGUUGGGAAAAUGCCAUGAAUACCCAUGUCAUCACACGUGUGCUCAAGGUGUUGGAGCAUCAGUUAAAGAAAGUCAAUAACUUCAUCAGCAAAGAUGAGCGGGUGUCUUCUAAUCUGGUGUUGAAGUUGACGUUUGGAGAGCCUCUGUUUUUCCUGAACUCUCUGCCCCAGAACUCCCUCAUUCAUAACUCAUCUGUCUGGAGCUGCAGAAAGAAGGUCUCAGUGUUGAGUCUGGCACACAUCGUGGAGCAGAACAAUGGCAGAGAUGAUUUGCCUGUUCUCUGGAGGUUCCUGCAGAGAGAGGCGGAGCUACGGAUGGUGAGGUUUCUUCCUGAAAUCUUGGCUCUCCAGAAGGAUUUGGUAAAGAAGUUCCAGAACCUGACAGACUUACCUUACAGCACCAUAGCAGAGUUCCUGCAGAGUCAGAAAGCAGCCUCACUCCCUGCUUGGUAUGAAAAACGAAUCAAAAUCUUCUUGUCUACAUGGAACCAACUCCGAGUAUCUCUGGACACCACAGGGGAGAUAAAGCUGCCAUCUGAAUACACUCAACAUGAUCUGGGCUUGGAUGCUGACCUGCAGGUGUUGCUGCCACAGAGACAUGGUCUUGGCUUGUGCUCUACUGCCCUUGUCAGCUACCUCAUCGCCCUUCAUAAUGACAUCAUUUACACUGUAGAAAAACACACCGGAGAGGACACUGGUUAUACAGUAAGUCCAGCUGACCUGACGGAGCAGCAUGUGAUCUGUUACGAGUACGAGCGAGAUCUGUUGCCUCUGGUGCUGUCUAACUGUCAGUACAGCAUGGAGCGUGGCCAAGAGACUCUGCUGGAAUACGACCUGCCCAAAAUUCAGCAACAGAUCCUCACCCGAUUCCUACAGUGCAAACCACACAUCACCAUUAAUGGUAUUCCAACGCUAGUGAGCAGACAGGACAGGAAUUAUGAGAUCAUAUUAAAGGAUGUGAGAAGCAAAGUUCAACAGGAGUCAUUGCAGCCUCUCGUGCAGCAUGACCUCACGAAGGAGCUUCAGUCCUACAGCGAUGUUUGUGAAGCGUUGUCCACAGUCGAGCUGGCCUUGGGUUUCCUCGCCAUGACAGGCGGAGAGCCACACAUGCAGCUGGGCAGCUAUCUGAAGGAGGUGUUACAGAUGGCCGAUCACACAGCUCCACAUGUCUUCAAGGCUUUGAGCAGGUGCAGUCUGAAACACUGUGUGUCACUGUGGCAGCUGCUCGGCUCACUGAAAUCAGAGACUAUGCUGCACAUCAACAGGGAUCCAUUUGUGGGCAUCAGUAAACAGUAUAAACAACCUCUGCAGGAAGAACACAAAACACUGCUCACUAGUUUUCUCACAAAGGCCAACGCUGAUUCCUUUCUUCUGGAGAUGCACGAGUUUCUUUGCCUGGUCCUCAAGAACCCGAAAGCAACAGAAACCUUCAGGCCUGACUGGAGUCUGAAAGACACUGUUGUGUCCUACAUGGAGCGUAAAGAUCUGGACAUUCCACAUGAGGUGAAUGAGUUUUUUCCUGAACAGAUCCUGCUCUCACAGUACAUUGAAGCAUGGAAGCUCUCCGUUAUCUUCAGACGAGAAAGACAUCAAAGAUGAAAGAGUGCUGUAGUUUAAUAAUCUUUAUCAGGGAAUAAAGCUUGAACUAUAAUCAACAAACAAAUUAUUCAAAAUAAUUACUUGAUACUGACUUUAGUAGACAGUGCCUUUCCACAUUGCUGUGUUGAUGCAUGCUUGCUCCACUCAUAUACUGCACUGUGCACUUUAAGAGUGAAGUUCAAUUUGUCAAAAAAUCUGCUGCUAUAAACUCUGCUGCUACAAAAUAAUCUUGA